CGUGAAAUAUCGUACGGUAAAACAUCUGAUUUAUCGAAAAUAAGCUGUCGAAAAAUUUCCAAUUUCAAAAGUAUUUCAAUAGAAAAAUAUAUUGGAAUGCAUUUAACCUUGAUAAAUUUCUUCAAAAAAACUGUGCCUGGCCAUAUUUUUCGAGGUAAGCGUCGUCUAGUUAAGCCAGUCGGUCGGAGAGCUAUGGAAACACUACGUCGAGAAUAUGAGCGUGAAGAGCAGGUUAUGUUACUUCUUCGACAUCCGUAUUUAACAUUGGAAGAGUCUCAUGGUCAUGUCAAACAUUUGCAGAAAUCCGAAGUUAAAAUUACGAAUUGGAAUGAUGCAACAACGUUAAAAAAGAUGAAACCUCAUGUUACCUGGGAAGAUCGUUUGAAUCAUUUAAGAGUCAAGGAAUCAUGGGACUAAUCUUGCAACCGUUCUAUUUUGUUUAGCGUUACAAAUUGAAUAAAAUAAUGCACAUAAAAAUGACGUAUCUUUCGACUUGCUAUAAUGGCUUCUCAAGUUUUAAUCGCACUAAAUUUCUUAUACGCAAAUUCAAUGAGCUUCUUGUCUUGGGAGAGUUGAUAUCUAGCACGUUCGUUGAGAAGAGCCAGUCUGUUGGAAUUUCGAGGGGUGCUAAUCAAGAACAUAUGUUUAAAAUGAGACGUUCGGAACUUAGGGGCCGCUCGAAUCUCUUAGAAAAACGGUUGACUAACGAAAAGAAGAAACUCGCUUUGCCUAGUUAUGUACCCAUAGUAGAUAUAUUUUCAAUUUCAUCUUUAAAUAAGGAAGACACUAUAUAUUAGUUUCGUCUUUUUUUCUUUUUAUUAUUAAAUUUUUUUUGCAUUUUAUAACUUGGUUAAUACAUAAUAUAUUUUGAAUAUAUUACUAUUUUAACUUAUGAACGCGACAUGACGGUUAAAUCCCCUCUAGUCACGUUAGUAAUUACAACUUAGAAUUAUAAAAUUAUAAACUUCUGUCUACUGUCGCCAUGAUAUUUCUCUAGUUUUAAUCCAUCGCACAUAUGUAAAAUAUCUAAAAAACAAAAAAAUCGUUUGUUUUCUUUCAUACUAAAAUAUAAAGUACAAUUUGUAGUUUAAUUUUCAAUUUCUUUUCAGUUUUUCAAUGAUACGUGUAAAACAUGCAGACUGUGUAAAAAGAGCUUUCAUAACGCAAUAUUCAAAAAGGGAAAAAUGAAAGUAAUAGCAUAUGAAGGUAGUAAGUGAAAACUAUGACAGAUAAUUUAGUUCUUCUAA